AUGUCCCUGGACUCUGGCUACCGCACCGCCUUUGCCGGGGUCACCUGCCCCAACGGCGGGUCUGCGUGCCAUUUCGAGGGCUUCGACCUGUACCCCGACGAGCAGCGGCUCAUCACGAGCCCACCGCGCGAGGUCAACGUGGGACACUCCGCGUGGUACGCGCCGAGGUACUCUGCCGCCCCGGCCUACAGACGGCAGGCGGCCUCGCUCGUGGCGGACGUGGGGGAGGCGUACCUGGACCAGCAGCACGCGGACGAGGCCCCGUACGAUGCGCGAAGUUCCCGCGCGUCGCACCUGGACAACGCGUGCCGGGUGGGAUACUUCGCCUCGGACGUCACCGACGUCUACUUCGGUUGGGAGCACAACGAGGCCUACCGCAUCUACCCGUACCGGGAGCUCUCCGACUGGUAUUGGACACCCCGCGAUUUCCCAGAAUGGUGCGGCAGUGUCAGCCAGGGGUAUACGCCUCUCUGCCGAUCUUGGUACCAGGAUGCCGUCGCCGCCCAGGGCAGCGCCGCCUACGGCGAGGUGGCAUGGGAUCCUGACAACGGACAGACGUUCGUUUCGAUCAGCGCAGCUUUCUACGAUAACGAGGCAGGCGAAGCCCUUCCGGGCAAGCUAGUGGGAGUGGUUGCUGUCUCGAUGUCCCUCCGAAAAUUGAAGGAGACGUUGGAGAACACUCCGCUGUACGAAAACGGGUACGCCUACAUCUUCGAUGUGAGCGGCAAUGCCGUGAUCCACCCUGAUUGGGAUCUGGCAUCCAGUCCGACGAGCGUGGUCGAACUCGCGAAGGCAGGCGACGACGAGUUUGGCCGGGCGUACCAGGAAGGUAUUGUGAACGCCUUCGGACAGGAGGGGACUUGGAACGGCGAGUGGUACAAUCCAGAUACUGAUGAGAAGGAGACCUGGCCCGAGACGGCGGCCUGCCAGGACUGGACCAGCGGACAAUCGAUGCAGCUCGUGCUGGGCGUGUCUGAGCUCGAAGUUGAGAAGGCCGCCGUUGAUCUCGAGGAAAAGCUGAGGUCGUUGGCGAUUACCCAGUGCGUAGUGACCACUAUUGUCUUGGUCAUCACCUCCAUGCUGCUAGUGUUUGUGUCCAUGAUGUUCCAGCAUAGCUUCAUCCAUCCCGUGAAGAAGCUUAAAGACCUAGUGACACAGGCAGAGAAGGAAGGGUUCAAGACCAAUGUAGACACCACGGAGGAUGUUAUUUCUUUGGAGCUCGGGACCUUGAAGAGAAAUUUCACGAAACUGCUCACUGCGCUGCGAUUCAACAACCCGGACUACCAUAAGGGCGACAAGGGGCUAGAGCUUGCGAACUUGCGUGAGGCGGAGGCGAUUGUGAAGGAGACGGGGAACCUCCGAGGCAUCGGCGUCUGCAAGAACAACCUCGGCAAUCUGGUCAGGGGCAUGAGCGCGCAGGAGAAGCAGAGGCUGCCAGCCGAGGACCGCGACCCGCGCAGGCUGCUCGAGGCGGCCGUCAGGAACGCCCAGGAGCUGGUGACUGACCCCGGGAGCCACGUGUCGGAGGACCAAGUGGGCACCCGGAUGCUCGGGCUGGCCCUGGCCCGCCUGGACCACGGGGAGGAGCGGAAGGCCGUGGACGACCUCAAGGAGGCGCUCGCCAUCCACAAGGGCAGCGGCAGCUGGCAGGCGCUGGCGCGCCUCGGCUUC